AUGGAAUAUAUGGAAGGAUUUAGUUAUGGCAUAGCUAUUGAAGUGAAUAUAGCAAUAUGUUAUAGCUGUGAUCAUUUCAAAGAGUAUAUGGAGCUUAAACAGAAACCAGAAGCUGAACGCGAUAUUUUCACAAGGUUAGCUAUUCAUCGACCUGAUGGUCUCUGUGCUUCACAAUUAGCUGAACAUUAUAAAUUAUUAUGGGCGGUUCGAGAAGAAAUGCGACAAGUUAACAAUGUAUAG